AUGGACGCCAGCAACUCCAACCUUACGGACUCCAGAUACGGGUAUGAUAUCGUGGUCUCGACAACGCAGGCCAGUAUCAACUUAGGCCUACUGGAAUACCUUUGGGAAAGCAACCAACCAGUGAAAUAUAUCUGUUAUCUCUCGGACCCCAAUACCGGGAACGCCACAGCCCAGAUCAGUCUCGAGGAGUUGAUGAAGAGGACAGAUGGAGUUAACCCAUUUGACAUCCUAGAUGGCACACCGGCGAGCGACCCUCGAGUCGAGGCGCUCACUCGGAACAACUUUAGGGUGGGCGUGAAGAUCCGUAUUGGUGUGCCUCCAGGGGUGAUGCCCAAGGAGCUUCCUCCAGUCUUGGAGCUGGGAAAGCGUGACGGCAAGUCUCUCUACCGGAUGUUCUGCUCGGAGUUCCAAGUUAUUCAGAACACCCCGAGUGGAGGAUCGUCUGCCAACGGAAGUUGGAACGUCUGGAACCAGCCCUCUGGAUCGCCGUGGUAUAUCGAGACCGCCGUCGGCAUCGUCAACUCGGACCUUGACUGGGGCCUCGAGACGCCUUACUUUAACCAUCGUCCCGAGCUCAAGGGCAGACUCAAGUCUCAGUUCAAUUAUCUUCCUUCCAGCAGGUCUUACAGUCUUCAACAAACGUUUAUGGAUCUUGAAAAUGCCGCCCACCACAGCGCGCCCAACUUCGUUGGAAUCCCAGCCAGUUCUCCUGUCCAAGAAAUCCUGCAGAAGAACUUUGUCGACCUCUACAGCCAGGCCGUCAAGAGCUACGGACAACCCAUUCUUGCAGUUGCCGCAGUUGCUGCAGAUCAUCCAGAUCCUUCACAGCUCCAGGUAACUUCGUGUGAGGUGGGCAUCAGCCGGUACAAGGACUCCAAUGCUUGGGUUAUCAACAAUGCGACCCCUGAACAGUCUGCCGCGGCGACACUCAACCAUCUCUGCAUGACGAACAAUCAUGGAGCCGCCGCAGUCUCUGAUCCUUACUGGAAUUGGGUCCAGCCCUGGGAUGUGAAGAACGAAAGUGGUGUGAUUGCCAUCAAGCGAAGUGUAUUCGCCGAGCAGUUGAUGAACACCAUUCUGCCAUCCGCCCGGAAGUCUUGCCUGACCUCCAAUGUCGGUAUUAACUUGUCCGACAGCUUCGGGAACUGGGAAGCGGUCUUGGAGUUCGUUCCUAAUCAAUGGCCACAAACCAGAGAUGUACGGACCUCUGAAAGUGGGGAAUGUAUCAUCGACAUUACUUGGUCUGCCGAGGACCAGGCUGGUGUGAGAACACAGAAUUCGGAGAUGCUGGGCGCGUUCCAGGACAGUCUCGAAGUGAUACCUCAUUACUACUGUGAGGUGAGCGUCAAGGACAGCACCAUCACCAUCACACAACGACUGCGGAUCAAUAUGUCGGUCACGUCCGAGGGUAUCCCCCUGAGUCUGGUUGGGCACGAUGUCAAAAUCAUCGAUGUGUAUGACUUAUCAGUGGACCAGAACGGCCGUUUGAACAUUGUACAUCAUGGGAAACAACAUAAAGAUGACCGCUCCGAGGAGCCUCAUGGCACCUGGUUGGAGAAUAAGUUUUCAGGCGUCAACGACGCCGUCAACCAGAUCAAGAAGACGACCGCAGCUCUCACGAACAUGGAUCUGGAAGGUAUCAACUUCGCUACGCCUCACAACUUUGUGUCCCCUGGCGGCAAGGUGUUUACGUAUACAUCAGCCAAGUUCUCCAACCACCAGGACUUGAUCUGUGACAUCACCUACGCGGCGCCAGCUCAGCCCUUCCAGCCGCCGCCUAGGACAGAGACCCCGAUCACAGACUCUGCACUGAAGAAGCCUAUCGAAAGACCAGCACCGAAGAACUAUAUUCAGGGAGAGAUAGUAGCUCCUACAGCGAAGUUUGAAACCCUUCAAACAGACGACGGCCACUCUUUGCUCUUCGCGCUGAGCACGGAUAACGUGUUUAACGUGGUUAUGGAGCAAAGCGGCACGACCAAGACCGACUGGCUGGACGGGACCAUCGGGAUGGCUCUCGCGGUGUCUGAGGGGGGUUCAGACAAAUUCCUCUUGUCCCUCUUCAACUCCAGCUCCGACACAUCCUGGACAGCGAAUCCUCAGUGGUCUCCCAUUGACUUUGAUGCAGAAGGCGGAACGGGCUCCGGGUCUACCGUCAACAUUGUCCGUGUCAUGUUCGCUGAGCCGCAGGGAAGCCGGCAGCACAUCAUUGUCGACAUUGAUCGCUCAUCAGACAAGGCAAUCAAGGAAAUUGCCCGCUUCUACGUCGAUCCCCGGAAGGCGUCCGGUAGAUACUGGACCUCGCAUAGUCUCCCGGUAGACAUCCAGGAGGGCAGAUACCAGAGCUGCGUGGGUAGGGUCGCCGCUGGGUUUGUUGACGGGGUGUACACCCUAGGAACCGUCGGUGGCUCAGCCCAGCUUGUCUACGUGCCCAUCGAGAACGCCUUCGGAAACGGCCCUCCGUUGCCAUGCCGUCUCAGCCUGCCACAGAACGUGCAGGCAUCUUCGAUCGCCGCUGCUCGCAGACACGGUUCCCUUGCGUCUCCAGACGGGACGACGGAUUUGUUCGCCGUCGGGAACUCGAUUCUCUACUAUUUCCCAGCUGAACGCCAGACCGACGCCUCGGUGGCCACGCAAUUGCUCGACAGCAAUGUGUUUUCGGGCACUACAGAGCUCGCAGCCAUGACGCACGGGGGUGUGACGACGAUCUGGGGCAAGAAUGCCAGCAACGAGGUGUAUUAUCUCUCCUGCUCGUCCAGCCAGCUCAAAAAACAGGAGGCCUGGAAUGUCCCUGUGCCAAUCUUGUUCGGCGUAGAGCAGAUGACACCGUACCUCAACCGCAGCGACGGCGGUAACGCUAUCUUCACGUCCGGGUCCGGCAAGCUUGAAAGAUUGACACAGGCCACGGGCACCGAUGCAAAGAUGUGGGUUGCAGAUGGGAUAGUGCUCCAGGAUAUGGAUCCGACCGUAGAACCGCUCCGGUCCAAGACAUACACGACGAUGAUCCAGGUCCUCGACAAAUAUGAUCUUCCAGCUCCUGGCGUCAACUUGUCGAUUUCGACCAGCUCUCGCACGCCCGUGUACAUGAACGGAAUCUACUGCGUCCUCGGGCAGGCACCUGUUACGGUAGCUACAGAUGCGGCUGGGAGCUUGACCGUUGUCGAGGUUUGGCAAGAGAGCAUCAACGGCACUCUCAUGACGGUGAUUUGCAACAACGGAGAUGCGGAGGCCACCAUCAAUCCUAUGGAGAAGUCAUUCCAGACGAUAGCCGCACUAAAUAGCGAGGGAGCCCUCAGAGACGCCAAAGUUCCUACGAAAACGGUCGCUGGCGGCAUCAGGGACAACACGACAUGGGCUGCUCUUGUAGAAGGAAGUGUAUCGCAGUGUGACAUGCCCAACGUCGCGAACAGCCUCGGCAAACUCGGCACGACGUAUGGACUCGUCAAACCCACCGUCUUCCCUGCUUCUUGUAUGAGCGUGAUUCCACACACCCUCUACGCAUCCUCGUCAUCGGUCGAUAACCUGGCACACGACACGGCCAUCGCGGCCGGCGACCUCUUCCGCUGGCUCAAGUCAGAUAUCGAAAACGUUGUCGACAUCAUCAAAGACGACGCAAGUGAAGCAUGGCACUUUGCGGCCACCAUCUCCGGCAAAGUCUACCGUGCGGCACUGACCUCGGUCGAAGCCAUCGUUGGGGCUGCGGAGUGGAUCUUUAAUGCCGUCAAGACGGGCAUCGAGAAGCUCACAUCCUUUGUGGAGUUCCUCUACAGCUGGGACGACAUCGAGCGGACAAAAGACGUCCUCUGCAACAUGACGAAGCAGUGGUUGCGCGACCAGAUUGACUAUCUCCCGACUGCAAAGACGGAGUUUGAUGCACAGAUUGCGCACGCGGAGAGUAGCAUCAAGACAUGGGCUGGCUACCCGGAUUUGGGACCGUCGCUCGGGGACAAGGCUUCAAAGCCCGCAGCCGCAAGCGCCACGAAUCCUACAAAGGGACAUACUUCGGGGUCUCAGAUGAUGAUGAGCCAUUUCAAGCACCACAGCGCCAACAUGACAGUCGUAGGCAUGCCGCCAACAACGAAGAAGCUACAAGCUGGGAUCAUUGACGACCUCCUAGCCGCGCUGGAUCAGGAGGAAGAAGCUCUUUCGGCAGUGGUCUCUCAGCUCAAGGACCUGGCCAAGCGCUUCUCCUCCAUGACCGUUGAAGAGACCCUGAAGGAUCUGCUUGGAAUCAUCGCAGUUGGUGUGCUUUCCAGCGUUAAAGUGGUGGUAGACGCGCUACUCAAUGUCCUGAUCGAUCUUCUCGGUGACGCCGUCGGCCUCUUGGAUGUUAAGGUUCAUAUCCCAGUCAUUUCCGAUCUUCUCAACGAAAUUGGCAUACCAGACAUAUCUUAUCUUGAUCUGGUGUGCUGGAUCCCCGCCAUGUCUUUCACGGUAAUCUACAAGCUUGCCACCCAGGAGGCCCCCUUCACCGCCGAUGAUGUCGCGCUUCAAGCAGGUUUUGCCGCUGGUAACUCGGAGACUAUGCAGGCCCGCUUGGCCUCGAAACAAUCCACACCGCUGGCCACGGAGUCCAUGGAGGAGAGUGCCGAUAUCAUGACAACAUUCGCUUUCACCUCGUCUGAGACCCUCACAGGCCACCAGCAACAAGUCAAAGGGCACAAGAGCAAGGCCUCUGUGACCUCCAUCUCCUCCUCCGACUCAGUGAGCGCAGCCAGCACGGUACCCACGACCCCUGGAUCCACCAAGCCAGUCAUGCCCAUGGAAGUCGUUAUUCCAGCAGGUGCACGCAACCGGUGGAGCAACCUUUCGACGGAAAUGGCACUCGUCAGCGCCGCCGCCUUGUCCAAGGCUGAUUCCUACGCCCCCAAAGACCCCAUUCAAGACCCCCUAUUCGCUUCCUUUUCGAAUGUGAUCACGGAUCUCGGUUUGGCCAAUAUCAUCGUCUUCAGCGAUAUUGGUCAGGGACACCUCAUUCCGGCCGGCCAUGCCCUGAGAGUCGGCGACUCUCGCGCUACAGCGGCCUAUAUUGAUAACAUACUCGUCUUUCCAGCGGCUGUGGUCACCGUUCAGCACAUUAGGGAGCUCGCAUCCGCUCAACCGAGUGCGGACCAGGUGGCGGCUUUCUUGGGCGAGUUUUCCAACUUGGCAUCUUAUGUCGUGCGAAUGAACUACUCUGUGGCAGUCAAAUUGCCAGGCAUCCCAUUUGCAGCGCAGGCGCUGGAAGUCAUAGAGUACGGGAACAUUGCUCAAACCGGGUUCGAGGCGGCGCAGGCUGCGAUAGGUAUUGAUCAGGCUAUUUUCCAGAAGAGCAAGCAUUGAUUGCUGCUUACUUGGGGGACUCAUGUGUAUGAUAAUUCCUCCAAAUAGGUUGACAAUGACGGACAUUACUAUUCCUCUUGCUUGAGGGGCCUUGCGUUACUGUUACUAUUGCAGAUUGAGUGAAUACAAUAUCUCAUCCUCCACAACUCGAAAUUGCAUCGCGACAUCUCACUCACGUUUCGACCAGCAGAUUAACAUCUGUAUAGUCGAAACGCGUCUCAGCCAAGAGAUACACCCAAAGAGAGAGAGAGAGAGAGACAUAGACCCAGCUCAAUACCAAGGACGUUCCCGAAUCUGGCUAUGAAGUCAUUCCUCCCCGUCCCGCUAGUUCGGAGCCCGGAAUCAGACCACCACCGGCUACCUCAAAG